AUGAUUCGGAUCCGUCCCGAACAGCCAAGCAACAGUGCCGCCAAGGAUGAGACACGCCGUCGGGCGGCCAGGACUGAGCAGGCAAUAGAGGAAAAGCAACAGGAUGAGAGCAAACACGUCAGGAGUCAGAGGCUGAGCAAAUGGGAGGCAUCAACAACUAGACCAAUCGACGAGGGAUGUGAGCUAGCGGUGUCAGAGAACGUAGUUCUGCCGUCGGAUGACUGCAAGGCAGAUCUCUGGGAUGCUCAGCUUGCGGCUUUGGUUAGCCAAAGCUUGUUGGAUGACUACGAAGCCGAGGAUGCGGACAUCACAAUGGAUUCGCUUCGACGGGAUGAGGGUACUUACACGAUCAGUUACAAGGCUGAUCGGAAGCGGAAAAACACAAAUCAGCGGCGAGAUGAGAUGCGGGCUCUCGAUUUUGAAGACGACAUAGACUGGGAGCUGGUUCUAGGAUCCCCAAGUGAGGGCAGCAUAUCUUGGGUAAUGCUUGAUGAGUAG